AUGAUGGCGGAUGCUCUAGAAGAAGAUUUCGAAGACUUAUAUUCAACAGUACUUACAAAUGCCGGCCUUAAAUUCGCACUAAAAGAUGAACAGAAGCAAGCCAUCAAGAAUCUUUAUUGCCGUCGAGAUGUACUGGCGAUAUUACCUACAGGAUUUGGAAAAAGCCUUAUCUUUCAAAUUUUGGUAUUGCUUCAAAGUGAAGCUUUGAAACGAAAAUUCGCCACGACAAGAUUCGCUACGAUACUAGUAAUUUCACCAUUGAGAAGUCUAAUAGAAGAUCAAUUGGAGGAGGUUCGCGACCUAGGAAUAUCAGCCACUUCUUUGCCAGAAGCAUCUUUAGAAGAAAUCAAAGAGGGAAAGUGGAAACUCGUGUAUUCGUCGCCUGAAUGUGCAUUACAAGAAAACUUUCUGGAAGUUCUUAAAGUAGGAGCGUUUCACGAUAACAUGGCGGCAGUUGUUAUCGAUGAGUCCCACACUAUCGAGACCUGGACUGUCAGAAGGAAAGCUUCAGGUAACGACAAAAUAUUUAGGAAGGCGUUUGGCGAACUGGCAAAGCUGAGAUCAUUUUGUAAAGAAGGCUGUUCUUGACCUUCAUCUACAGGCUCUUGAUGUUCUUUUGACUCGUGUCUGCAGAAAAGAUAAAUAAUUACUAUAGUAAUUUAUGGUUACAAAACAGAAUAUUCUAAUUGGCAGUGUUGAUACAGAACAUACUUUUACAGGACAAAGCCAAAAAGUGUGACCACCGAUAAUUCAUUCACAUUCUUUUGCUAAUUGUUCUAUGCCUUCUUUCAUGCAAAAUAUACUCUA